UCACGUGAGGGGUGACAAAGAGGGAUACACAACGCGUCACGGGUACAUUUGCCAACGCUCAUUAGAACCACCAAGCUUGAAGCUUCGGUUUGUAGGAAAUAUGGCAACGGUAGACUGGACGGCAGACGCAAAUGAGGCUCUCACUCUUUCUCUAGUCCGAGCAGACGAGGAUAAGCAGGUGUUUGGAGACGAGGAAACUUGCGAAGAAUUUCGUCCAACAUUUACUUAUCCUAUUUACGGAGAAGACGAGAAGAUCUACGGCUACCAGGACUUGGUAAUCGACCUUCGGUUUGCCUCCGGCUCACUGAGACAAUACCUCUCUGUCCGUUACGCUCAAAAGCUAGAUGCGUCUACAACCGUGGACAAUGUAGAAGGAAUAUUAAAAGAGUUCAUACCCCCUGACUAUGAUACAGACGAAGCAGCAUUUCUUACACGCGUCCAAGAGGAUGCAGUUUCGUUCAGGCCCAUAGGCAAUCUCAUACAUUCUUAUCUGCGACCCGUGUCAAGCAGUACAUCAGGAUCCACAUCUGCCACUCCGGAAGUGGUCGAGUACGAGGUGUUUCAUGCGACAUGGAAUGAUCCAGGAUUCAGAGAAUACCAUAGACGAAUGCAGAUUUUUAUUCUGCUUUACAUCGAGGCAGGCUCUUACAUCAAUGAAGACGACGACGCUUGGGACUUUGUUGUGUUGUACGAAAAACGGAAGCGGCAAAAUGGCACGGAGACAUACCAUUUCAUUGGAUAUUCAUCAUUGUACAAUUUCUACUGCUUCCCCGAAAAACUCCGAAUGCGUCUUAGUCAGUUCGUAAUCGUACCACCAUACCAACGCCAAGGCCAUGGAUCGGAGCUGUACAGAGCAAUCUACAACUUCGUCCUCUCCCGUCCUUCCGUAUCUGAGUUAACAGUGGAAGACCCCGCUGAGGCAUUUGAGGACCUACGAGACCGAAAUGACCUCAGGAUGCUCCUCGCCCACGAACAAUUCAUGCAAGAAGGCUUCGGUGGCGAAGUGGUUUCGCACGGGGGAGGAAAGGUGCGAAAGCAAAAAAAUCGCGCUCGAGCAACCCCAAUGGGUAGAUCACCCAGUACGGUGAAAGGGAAAGGGAAAAUGGGUCCCCCGGUAGACAAAGCUUGGGCUGAGAAGUGGCGGAUACAACUGAAGAUAGCGGGGCGUCAAUUCCACCGGCUUGUGGAGAUGCUGAUCUUGAUGCAUCUCGAUCCCGCCGACAUCCCCACCGCAAGAGCAUAUCGAUUACAGGUCAAGGAGCGGUUAUACCGUUUCAACUUUGAAAUUCUGGCCCAAUUAGAAAAGGAGGAACGACUGGAGAAACUGGAGGAGACAUUCCAAAGCUUACGAGAAGAUUACUUGAGAAUACUAGCGAUGAUCAAGUAGCGCGGUUGCAUAUAAGCACCUGCUCAUUGCUCUCUUUAUUGCUAUUUGACGCACUUGU